AUGGAUGAUAUCUCAAUCUUGACUCAUUCAUUCCCUUUUCUUCUCUUACUCACUUGUCUGGCUACUUCGCAAAGUUGUUGGCACCUUAACAAUUCUUCUUUGCUCUACACUUCAAGCGGAAAUUGUGGCAAUGAGAAACUCUGUGGGAUCAACGUCCGUCGAGACAAUGAUUUAACCUUCGACCUCACAACAUGUUUCGAUGGUGUUCUGACAAUCGACCCACAAAACUUAACAGCGGACAUCCUUUAUUUGUACUUUGCGCAAGUCACCGCAGUGAAUCAAGUCAACUUUUUUCAUUAUGCUAAUCAGAGUCUUUUAAUGAAAUUCAACAACGUGGACUAUUUAAUGCGCGCUAACAUUUAUAGAACAACAGAGAUGUUUAAAGAGUCGGAAACCAUUGCAGUGUCACAAACACCAAUUCACGUGUUUCUAACACACAACUUCUUCACGGACAUUUCUUACGUCUCGUUAAUACGACCGUACAUAUUAAUAGACUGCGACGACGAAUUUGUGAGAGAAGACGGAGAUGAGAAGACAAUCAUAUUUAGAGAUACUUAUUAUUAUCUUCCUAACUGUUCGUAUGCGUUCAGUUCAUACUUGAGGUUUUGGGAUAUCUCGGUGUAUGCACUUAGAGAUAUCUUUGUGUUGUGCUCCGUUGGUGAAUAUCGACGGUUUGCAUUGUGUCGAAAUAUCGACAAGGAGGAUUUAAUCAAUUUUAAAGACUGCUCGUGCUCGAUCAAGUCGAACUAUUCGACUGCAGUUGUCGAACAUUUGAACUUCAAUUUUCCCGAUUGCUUCUUCCAGAGCGAGCACUUCAACUUAACAAUUUUCGACUAUCAACAACUUGUGGUUUUUAAAGGAAACGAUGCGACCCAUUGGAGGAGUUUUAAUAUCAAAAAGCGCACGGAAACGUUACAAAUCGAAACGAACAGUGAAAUCGUGUUGAGUGAAAAUGUGACUCUUCCAACAACUCAAGUCGUCUUUAUUGGCAAUUUUUUGUUUUCUAAUUUGACAAUCGAAAAGACAGAAAGUGGGCGUUCACAUCAUUUGGGCAAUUUCAGUGCGAGUACAAUAACAUUAAUUGGAUUUGACGACAACGACAUUCUGUUUUUUGGCAGUUCGAAGGAUCCAAGUGUCUCGUACGAUGGAAUUAAAGUUGCUUGUGAAUUUCUCGAGGAGUCGCGAUUUGUGUUAGAAACUUCUUCGAUAGGAUGUGAGUGUAUUUUCAAUGGAGUAUACAGUUACGAGGACUGUGAGAAGGUGGGGGAGGUAGAGAGUCACCACACAUUAAUUUUGGAAGAGAAUGUCGUGUACAAUCGAAUUGCCAAUUUCAGAGAAAUCAUCUUCAAGAAUGGAGCAACACUCAAUGAAAAUGUUGAAUGUAAAGUGUGUAAAAUUAAAGGGAAAGUUGUUAUAAAAUCCAAUUUUCUUUGUGAUGAAAUGGAAGUUGCGGCUAACAGUGAAGUGACAAUACAUGGAUCUUUGACAACGAAAAUUGUCACUGUGAGUGGAGACGCAAAUUUCAUAUUUUUUACUUACAACAUUUUGAAUAUCGAGAAGCUUAUUUUGAACGCAAAUUUGAGAGUUUCUGGAAAUUCAAUGAAAAUCGGGGAGCUUCAAAAUAUGAAGGCAAAUACAUUGCAAAACAACUUAGAAAUCUUCGCAUUGAAAAUUGUGUUGAACGAGGUGUUGUCACUAAGCACGAAGAACGACAUUUAUAUUGGAUUGAGUGAAGGAGAACACAAUAUCAAUUUGAAUGCCAAUUCUGCGACUUUAUGUAACGAAAUUGUCAAAUUAGGAGAUGUUGCUGUGACACGAGGAAUAUAUGUAGAUAACGUGAGUCAGCUUUCUAUUGUGUCAAUAUCCAAAAUACCAAGCGAGUUCUUAUUACUAUCACAACCAACAGAAAAUCCGCUUAUAAUUACACAAGUACCAACGUUGAAUGGUGUCAAUGGAGUUUAUUUAACAAUUAAUAAAUACCGCAAAUUGGUAUUCUCAGAGAGUGAACAUGUCGAUUAUGUUUACAACAACCAAAUUGUUUCUAUUGGGAAACCCACACAAUACUUCGAUUUUCCUUUUCGUGAAGAAAAGACGUGUAAACCCAUCAUGCAAAACGAGCAAAUGAUGUAUAUCGAUGAAGACGGAAAUGUUGAUUAUUCGUGUUGGCCGUCAGUCAAAAACACGCACACCAUUUUAGAAAUAAAUACGACAAUGAACUACAUGAUGUCAAGUGAAGAGAAUUACAACCAAAUCAACGUCAAAGAAACUUUUAAGUUGGUUUCAUCGAACAAAGAAUUGUCGCUCGUAUUUUACAACGACAAAAGUGUUACUGUCGAGGGAGAUGGAAACAUAAUUCAAACUACUCAAAGUGGCGUUUCUGAGAAUUCGUUAAAUGAAAUUUACAUUGUUGGUAGCGCAAUUUUGAUGUCAGACAAGUCACUUGGGAUGGACUUUGAAAACAACACUAUUGUUAUUUCAAAAAGUGGUAAAUGUGCUAUCAUGUUGUUUAGCUCAACUCAACAAACAUGUGUUAAGUGUCGUUUUACAAGCACUGAAUCUUCCAUUUGCCAAAUCGUUCAGCACAAUGACAUUAAUUGUAUACACGCUGGAAGUUCUGGUGGGUGUGAACUAUGUAACGACGGGUUUUAUUAUGAUGUAACAACGCAAAUAUGUCUUUCAUGUGUGCCUCAUUGCAAAAAUUGCAAUGAUGCAAAAACAUGUGUUGUUUGUGAUGACACUUACGAGGUACAAAAUGGAACAUGUGUCUUAAAUGAAAACUGUUUACUCUUCUCAAAUCAAAAGUGUUUGAAAUGUCCCUCUAAGUCAUCGGUCAAUCCACAAAGAACACGGUGUAAUGAAAGUUGUGGUUCUGGGUGUUUGUCGUGUUAUGGGAAUGAGUGUCAAAUUUGUUCAACGAGUGAAAAGUACAUUAAAAGUUCUUUAGGUUGUUCGCUUGUCUCAUCUUCCGCGUUUUUAUCCAAUUUGAUUGUUGAGAGUUGUGAGCCUGGAUAUUAUACUACAUAUCAAACAACGUGUGAGAAGUGUCCAGAACACUGUUUGUCGUGUUAUUUCGAUUUUUUGUUAAACGACAUUUCUUGUACGUAUUGUGAAUCUAAUUAUAUUUUAUCACAAAGAAUUUGUGUGUUAUUAAACACAACUUAUUGUACAUCGUCUCGUCUUUCUAAGUGUGUUUCUUGCUCUUCCAAGUAUUAUUUGAAUGCACAAACUGGCAUUUGUGUCUCAUGUGGCACUCAUUGUAAUUCAUGUGAUAACCUUGGGAAUUGUAUUUCAUGUGAGUUGAACUCUUAUUUGACUGUUUCGACGUAUUUAGGAGGAAAGGAUUACUGUGAUACACAGCCAGUCACUGGUUGUGCGAAAUACACAAAUGGGAAAUGUACCCGGUGUAAUCCACGAUUCUAUUUGGACACUUACAAAUGCUAUGAAUGUUCCACAAAUUGUGUGAACUGUAUUAAACCCGAAGACGGGCAACUUUUUGGCACGUGUUAUACUUGUGAAAACGGCUUCUUACUUGAAAACAAUCGAUGCAAAUCUUCAGUUAACGAGUCCCCCCACUGCGCAUUAGCUUUAAUGAACGAUAUAAGUCAUUGUGUUGUCUGUGAAACAGACCACUUUCUCUUGAAUGGGUCAUGUCUUUCGUGUUCCAGUUUUUGUUCGAAGUGUUUGAGUGAUUUGGAGUGUUUAAAAUGCUUCACCAAUUAUUUUGUCAAUGAGACGUAUUCAUGUGAGAAGACAACACACUUAAAAGGAUGUGCCGUUAUUGGUAAUUAUGGGUGUGAAAUGUGUGACGAUGGAUAUUCCCUCAUUAACAACACGCGGUGUGUUCCAUGCGUGUCCAUUGCUGAACAUUGUGCGGUGUGUGAUAAAUAUUCGUAUCGGUGUAAAAAGUGUCAGACCAGUUUCUAUCUCUCAGAAAGUAAAUGUGUGAACUACUCGAAUGUCGCUUUCUGUGUUGAAACAAAUGGCGAAUUUUGUACUAAAUGUUCUUUUUGGCAUAAAGUGAGUUCUGAACAGCUCAAUCAAUGCGAGAAUAGUCCAGUGUGGUGGGUCAUUUUAUUUAUAGUUAUCACAGACAUCAUAUUUAUCACAUCCGUCUCAUUACUUGCUGCAUUUGUUCUUAACAAAUCGAUUCAAAAAGUCGUUCAAAUGACUCGGAAUAUGACUGUUCCCGAAAACAUGGUGAUUUUCGAUGCUACAAAAACAAACGAGAAAUGGAACUUCUUUAAACGCAGUUCGGUGGGGGUGAACACCCUACUCUUGACGUUUGGAAGUGACAACAAACCCAUUCCAGUCAAUGAAUUUUCAAAGCAAAGCAUUUCAUUUGGCAAUUUGAAAGGCCGCCACACAGUGAUCAUCUCGAUCGUGUCAGAGAUGAUCACCACAAAGAAGUACGAAAUCCUUUCUACGCCCAACAAAGUUGUUUUAAAGCGACGAGAAGGGUGCAAAGUCGAAAUAUCAAUUAAGCCACUUUGCUCGACACAUAUUCAAGACAAACUGCAAAUUGUCGUUGACGACGCGUUUAACGGGAAACGAACAAUUGAAACAGUGAGCAUGGAAAUCGUGACGGAAGUAACAACAAGUCUCGACUAUUCAGAAGUCAAAGAAGAGAGUUAUUUGGGUGCUGGUGGGUUUGGGAUUGUAUAUAAAGGGACAUUUUUGUGCAAUACCGUUGCAAUCAAAAGGAUGAAAGAGCACACAAUGUUGCUUGACAAAAUCGACGAAUUUGAGAAGGAAGUUGCGAUGUUGGACAAAUUCAGGAACGCGUAUAUAGUGCACUUCUAUGGUGCUGUUUUUGUCCCGACAAAAAUUUGCAUUGUCACCGAAUACGCCGAUUUUGGGAGUCUCCACUCGGUCAUGGAGAACAGGAAGAAGUCGCCUAUAACAAACAAAAUGAAGACAAAGAUCUGUUUAGACGCUUCAAAAGGGAUUUUGUAUUUACACAUUAAUGGGAUCUUACAUCGAGACAUAAAGCCAGAUAACAUCCUCAUUUUCUCGUUAGAAGAGAACGUCACUGCAAACGGCAAACUGACGGACUUUGGAUCGAGUCGAAAUAUCAACAGUUUGAUGGAAAAUAUGACAUUCACUAAAGGCGUUGGUACUCCUAUUUAUAUGGCCCCCGAAGUACUUCUUGGGUUCAAAUACAAAACACCUGCUGAUGUGUAUUCGUUUGGAGUGAGUAUGUACGAGUGUUUCAUAUGGCAAAGACCAUUUUUAGAUAAAGGAUUUAAGUAUCCAUGGAACAUAAUAAAAUAUGUUACCAGUGGUGAACGUCUUCCACGAACGGAAACUAUAGACAUUGCGACGUACGAUUUGAUCAAUGACUUGUGGAAGCAAAGUGCUUUAGAACGAUCCGAGAUGAAAGAAGUUGUCGAGAGACUUGAGAAGAUGUUUCUAACGAUGUAA